AGGACCCGCCUCUCGCUGUAUAACUCCCUACCCCUCACAGGGUCAAAGUCUGUACGAAACCGACGGUAGACUACAAACAAGUUGACUCGAUUUCGCUUGAGCAGAGAGGACUGUCACUUUCUGUAUUUCAGGCCGAUGGAUCCGCUGGUGAAAUGCAGCCUUUUUAUCCUGAUGGCGUCCUUUCUAACGCUUGUUCCUGUGAGAGCAGAAGGAAACGGGCCAACAUUACAGAGACAGAAGAGAGAGUGGAUCGUCGCGCCCAGACAGCUGAAGGAGAACCACGACUACACCGGCCUGGAGAGUAUUGCCAGAAUACGCUCUGAUAAGGAGAACUAUACGAGGAUAUUUUACUAUCUAACAGGGCCUGGUGUAGAUCAGCCCCCUGAAGGCGUAUUUCAAGUCAACCGUGACACUGGCUUUGUGAAAAUAUAUUCAAUCCUGGACAGAGAGAAGAUACCCUCCUAUCACUUAAAAGGUGUUGCAAAAUACGCCGACGGGAGCUAUGCUGAAAAGGAUAUUGACCUCAGAAUUACUGUUGUGGAUGAAAAUGACUGCCCGCCGGUCAUUAAGGUGCAACAAAUCGGAUAUGUCAACGAAUCGAGCGCAGCAGGUACUGUUGUGAUGAAGGUGAUAGCCACUGAUGCCGAUCAACCAAACACGCUUCACUCCGCCAUCCACUACAGCAUUGUGGAGCAGAGUAAUAUAGGUGGGAUGUUCUUCAUCAACUCUCAGACUGGGGAGAUCAUGGUUCGCCAGAGCACUCUAGACAGGGAGAGACAAGAUACAUAUAAGUUGACCAUAAUAGCCUCAGACUUGAAUGGACGGGUGGGAGGAAACACAGGAACCGGAGAAAUAGAGAUCCAGAUUAAGGACAUAAAUGACAAUGUUCCAACCCUGGAGAAAGAGUCGUAUGAAGGAAGUGUGGAGGAGAACACCAUAAAUAUGGAAGUGAUGAGGAUCAAAGCCCUCGACAUGGAUUUGAUUCACACUGAGAACUGGCAGGCUGUCUUUAAAAUAAUUUCAGGCAAUGAGGGAGGCUAUUUCACCAUCACUACUGACCCUGAGACCAAUGAGGGAAUUAUCAUGAUUAACAAGGCGUUGGACUAUGAGGAACUUAAGGUGCUCAACUUGGAGGUGGCUGUUUCCAACAUAGCCCAAUACAGCUUUGGCAGUGUGUCCACAACAGGCUCCAUUGUCCAAAAGUCCUACCCCAUAAAAAUCAACGUAGUCAAUCAGAAGGAAGCCCCCCGUUUCCAACCAAGUGUCAAAGUGGUGACUAUCUCUGAGGACCACACCUCCAUCUCCCUCAACAAAAUCAUCGCCUCCUACGCUGCAAUUGACAGUGACACACUACGGACAGCCACCAACGUAAGGUAUGCCAAAAUCCGCGAUGAUGACAACUGGUUGAUUAUUGAUGAAAAGACAGCAGAUAUCAGACUGAAUAAACUGCCUGACAGAGAGUCCAAGUUCUUGGUCAAUGGAACAUACUAUGCCAAAAUUAUAUGCAUCACCAAUGAGGUUCCCUCAAAAACUGCCACAGGGACCAUAGCCAUUCAGGUGGAGGACUUUAAUGAUCACUGUCCUACACUGACCACCCAAACUCAGACCAUGUGCCUUGAGGACAAUGUCAUCUACGUCACAGCUGUAGAUAAAGACAAGUUCCCCAAUUCAGCUCCGUUUGAGUUCUCUGUGAUUCAGGGGAGCAGCAAGGGGAAAUGGACGGUGGAGCAACUGAAUGAUACCACAGCCAUUCUGCGGGACCAAGCCAAGUUGUGGCCAGGCAGGUACAAGGUGGCAGUGGACAUCAAAGAUCAGCAGGGAAAGUCGUGUGCUGAUGUUCAGACUAUUGAUCUAACUGUGUGUACCUGCCACGAACACACUAAAGCCUGUGUGUCGCGCAGUACAGUGACGAAAAGUUUUGGAGCUUUGGGUGUCCUGCUUCUACUCCUGGGACUGCUGCUUCUGCUGUUGGUGCCACUUCUGCUGUUCUUCUGCCUGUGUGGAGGUGCAGCAGCUAUUGGAGAUUUCAAGCCCAUUCCAUAUGAUACGAAACAACAGCUGAUCUCAUAUCACACUGAGGGACAGGGGGAAGACAAGGAAGUUCCUCUUCUACAUAUCCCAGUGGAAGUUGAUGGUGGCACACUACAUACCAAAAACAUCAACAACUAUGAAGGAAAGGCAUAUCUGGGAGGAUUGGCUGAAGUAGGAGGAGCAGCAACAGGUGCAGGAGCAGCCUCAGCUGGUGCCGUAAACACUUCAACCUUGGUAGCUGAGAACAUGCACCUGUACAACCAAUACAACCAUUCCGGUGGGCAAAUGGAGAUGGACUACGCAGGUGGUGGGAUGAUGACCGGACAAGAACAUCUUUUCUCUCAGUACAGUGCUGGUGUCUUUGAUGGGAUGGCUCUGUCUCACCAGUUCCUGGGAGAGUAUUAUGCAAGUAAAUCAAGCCAUGCUGCACAGCAAUCCCAACAGAUGGAUGCUCUGAUGGUCUAUGACGAUGAGGGUCAGGAGUCCCUUGCAGGUUCUGUAGGUUGCUGCAGCCUCCUUGACAAUGAUGACGAUCUUGGAUUCCUCAAUGACCUUGGGCCUAAAUUCAAAACCCUGGCCGAGAUCUGUCGGGGAUCAGCCCUGGAGACUCAUUCUGUUGAUGCAGGGAUUUCUAUCCGUCCACCCAGACCAGUGUCUCCUGUCAGGCCUUCCAGCUCUACCCACACACAUGUCCAUACUCACAGAGAAACAUUCAGGGACACGGACAACGUCAAUGUCAACGCCCUCAACACCUCCAAUGUGGCAUCUGGAUCUUCCACCAUCGUCCAGGAGGAGCGAAUCACUGAGAGAGUCCAGGGUUCAGCCACUGUUCCCAAGGUACAUGUCCAGGACAAGAUUGUGAUUCCCAGUCAGACACUGCUCAUACAGCAGCCAACUAUGUACUAUGCUGCCACACCCAUGUAUGUAGUUGAGCCCAAGCCCCAAGUGGUGCUUGUGGCGGAGGGCACCCAGCAGGCAGUUGGUCAAGUAGGCCAAGUUGGGCUUAGUCAGGGGCUGGUGCAGGUUGGUGGCCUCCAAGGUUCUCAGGGUGUGGUUCUUGUAGAUAGACAAGUAGCAAUGGGUGGAGUGACAGGGCAAGUGACACAGGGCCUUUCCAAAGGAACCGCCUCCAGGUCCAGACAAGUAUUGGUGGAGAAUGGGUCUUCAAGUGGAGAGCAAGUCAGGCAUUUACCACAGGGCUUUGUAAAGAUAGCACAUGGGCCUGCAGAGCAGGGUUUGGAGGUCAGGGGUCAAAGUAUGCAGGUGAAAACUCAGAGUUUUUCAUUGGGUUCACAUGGUUCCUUAGGCUCAAAUGAGGACUUUGCCCAAACAGCCACACCCAAGUUGCAAGGAAGCCAGAAAGUGGUUGUGCAACAUAAAAAGGUCUCAGUGACUGAGAGAAACAUUGAAUCUAGCACAAGAGCAUAAAGCAAACCCUUUUGUACAACACUAAUGUCAAUCUUGUUUGGCUAUAUACCAAAAUAUAUUUUAGUAUGCUAACAUGUACUGCAAUAAAUACAUAUGUUCAUACAGAUAGAUGGAUUGUGGUAAAACUGGUAAAAGGAUAGAUUAAAAAUGUCAUACUGUAUGUCCUUGUGUAAUGAUAACGCCACUGCUUAUUGUAGUUAAAAUGUACUACAUGACUGUCAUGGCAAUAAAAGGCACUGGAUUCACAUAUAUGAGAUGAAAACGUAUAAUUACAGUAUUAGUGCAAAGUAUAGAAUUUUGACGAAGGAAAAGAUUUUAAGAGGUAAUGCAUGACUCCUGUCAUUGCAUCCCAGCAGAGGGAAAGUUUGAAAGAAAUCAAGUGUUGGUUCCCUCUUUCUCCUCUCCCAGGAAUGAUCAGUUAGGCACCAAAUGACAUCCCUAAAUGUAUGGCAGUUAUCUAAGGUACACACAGGCUUCAGGGCAGGAACAGCCAAAGUAAACAUCAAAAAACUAAACCAGUCUGAACUACAGCGUAUACGUACCUAUCAAACAAAAAUGAAAAAAACAGUACUGAGCAAAGCGAAACUUGAAAAAGCACAAACAAUUGGGGGGUUGCCUGCCCCUUCAUUUCCAAGAGUAGAGUAUGAGUAAGGGUCAGCUGGGUAAUUUACAACAUGAUGGUUCCUCUCCUUUUUCCACUCCCAAGCUGGGAGUGAAGGGAGGCACAGAUAGCAGCUGUCUGUGCAUGCUGCAAAGAGGAACCAAUCACGAGCAAGGACUCACCUGCACAAUGAAACUUACCUUCCGCUCAAAGCACUCCAGCUGUAGCUCAAAUAAAUCCACACCUCAACAAGAACAAGAGGAGGCUGAAACACACAACAUAUAAUUCAAAAGUACAAGAAAAAACAAUGUUAGCUUAUAACACUGAAAAGCUAGUGGGAACAUUUCAUCUUUAAGCCAGUGAUUGAACUCAUGUGUUUCGAUAAUCUGACCGGGUUAUUAUUAUUAUCAAUAUUUCAGUUUGAACAACAAGAAGCAUUGUCAUUUAUGUAGUCAGUAUAAUUAUACUGUAAGCAGUUAGUCUUCAGAAGCUCAUUAUUAUUUUGAGAGUGACUAAAGCAGAGAUAGAACAAAGUUUCUAUUGAUAUAAUGUUGCAUUUCACAUGGGAUUAAGUGUUCUGGGUGUGUUUUUUUUAGUGUGAUGUGAUUCUGCAGAUGCUUGGGUUGCAUUUUGUAAAUUAUAGCUCUAGCCUUGUCUUGAGCUUAUCUCUUGACCUUUAGAUUUUUAACUUAGUUAUAUGGUAGCUAAUUUGGAGCUGUUAUAUGGGUGGCCGCUGCUUCCUUGGAAAUUCUGUACAGCAUAGAUAAAUUCUGUUUGUACUGUAAAACUGAGGAAAGUGCCCUCUGCACAACAACUAACAUCAAAGUGUUUGAAUGAUUUAGUGCACCAGCAAGGGAUUAACCCUUUUUUUUAUAUCAGCAGACGCCACACCAUUCUUAGAUGGUGGCUAUAAACUGAAGGAGAGAAUGCUACGCAAAUUUUAUUGUUGCACUCAUUUUAUUAUCCUUUUAGAUUUCUUGUACUUUUACACUAAGCCACAUGUUUAGAGAUCUAAGUGCCAGAACUGUAAUCUUUUUUAACAACUGUAUAUUGUGGCAUAAUUACCAGAUAGACUUUUCAUUUUUUUUUUUAUUGUGUGUGCAUAUAAGGGUAGCAUAACUUGGGAAUUCGGAUAAGCAGAGUAAUCAAGAAUGAGCUUUACAAGCACUGAAAACAUUUGGUGGCAUGACACUGUUUCAUAUUGCCGUUCUUGCUAUUGAUGUGUAUAUAUUUUUACAUCAUGUCUAGUUUGUAACAUGCUGUAUUGCUUGUGCUGUAUGCUCUGUGGCUGUGGUGGUACAGUAGGUGUACUGGACAUGACAAAAUGUUUAGUUUUUAUUUUUUCAUUUAUUCAUUUCCUUUGCUGUUUUGCUCCUCCUGUCAUAAUAAAAGCUUACAAGAAAAGAAAAA